AUGCAUGGUGUCGAUGAUGUCAAACCCAGGCCAUGGCAGGGCCAGCACCCACCAAGCCGUCGACUGCAUCCAUGGCCCCAGAUGGACCACAGGGCUGCGCGGCCAUGUCUUGCAUGUCACCACUUUGCUGCUCCAGCCGUGUCCAAGCCGCCGUUGACGACCUCUUGGUACGCCUCAGCUCUUGUUUCGUGGUGCUGGGCGCUGCUCCGCCCCGGUACACGCCUCGUCGACAUGGGAUCAGAUGACGGCUGCCUCAAACGCAUUGCAGACAAGUCGUCCAAGCACUCCCAGAGGCCCGUCUGUCUGUCUUACUUAUUCAUGCGCCACACCCAAUCCACACCCGCCACCGCCGUCGCCACACCACCCCUCUACACUACUAUCCGCGCCUUCCGUCUUAUCGUCCCACACACACUCGGACUCGGACUUGCUGAUAGACCGCCACCGGCUCAACAAUACUAG